AUGAAAUUUAUGACACGGUUAAUUUCAAGAUACACAACUCAGGCAACCAAUUUAGGAGGUGUCCAUAUUAGUGAAACACUAGAGAGUCAAGAUCAUCGAAACGUCCUGUUCAGUAUGGCAGCAAGUUUGAGAUGUCUGAACAAUACAAAGCUGGUCUUUAAGGUUCCCUUGUUUAUCAUUAUGAGGAUACUGACUUUGCUUUUUAGAUUGGUGCGUAUCAUUCUUUCGCCAAUUAGCUAUUUGGUGAAUUAUUACCUUGGAGAUUAUUUCCACGGUUUAAAUGAGAGAAAUAGAAUCAAAGAAGAUUGGUAUAUUAUCCCAUAUUUCCUUAAAUCGGUCUUUCUGUAUAUCAUAUCCGUGAAGAGACACAGGUUCCAAACAUGGUACAUAUUUAUUAAUCAGGUUGAAAAAAAUGGAGACCGAUUAGCCAUUCGUUAUGCUAGUCCACUUAAACAGAAAGGUGAAUACGCUUUAGAAAGUUAUACUUAUAAGGAGACAUAUGAUAUCGUCUUAAGAUUGUCACAUAUAUUGUCGUACACCUAUAAUGUUCAAGCUGGGGAUUGUGUAGGUAUUGAUUGUACAAACAAGCCACUAUUCAUAUUUCUUUGGUUAGCAUUCUGGAAUAUUGGUGCUGUACCUGCCUUUGUGAACUAUAAUGCAAUCGGUAAUCCAUUGGUGCAUUCACUUAGAAUUUCUAAUAUAUCGCAAGUAUUUAUUGAUCCUGAAGCAAGCGCAAAUAUAGUCAAGACCGAAGAAGAGAUUAAAAAUGCACUACCCAAUAUUAAAUUGAAUUAUUUAGAUGAAGCAGAUUUGUCACACACAUUAUUAAAUCCAUCAUCUCCCACAUUCCUUCAAGAUGAAAAAUUAAGAUCACCAAGUAAUCUAACUGAUUUCAAGCCUGCUAUGUUAAUCUAUACAUCAGGUACCACAGGCCUUCCAAAAUCUGCAAUUAUGUCGUGGAGGAAAGCUGCCAUUGGAUGUCAGUUGUUUGGUUAUGUUUUACAUAUGAAUAAUGAAAGUACUGUUUUCACUGGGAUGCCAUUAUUUCACUCGACAGCUGCCUUACUAGGUGUAUGUGCAGUUAUCUCGCAGGGUGGUUGUAUAGCGAUUGCCAACAAAUUUUCAGCUACGAACUUCUGGAAGCAGGCAUACCUUACAGAGGCAACUCACAUUCAAUAUGUUGGUGAAGUCUGUAGAUAUUUACUUCAUACUCCUGUUUCAAAAUAUGAAUCUAUGCAUUGUGUAAAGGUUGCAUAUGGUAACGGGUUAAGGCCUGAUAUUUGGCAAAAAUUUAGAGAGAGAUUCCAUAUUGAAGUUAUUGGUGAAUUUUAUGCUGCAACAGAGGCACCUUUCGCAACUACAAGUUUUCAGAGAGGUACUUUUGGUAUUGGUGCUUGUAGAAAUUAUGGUACAAUUAUCCAGUGGUUCUUAUCUUUACAACAAACGUUAGUUAAAAUGGAUCCUAAUGAUGAUUCAGUGAUCUACAGAAAUAAAAAAGGUUUCUGUGAAGUGGCUCCAGUUGGAGAACCGGGCGAAAUGCUAAUGAGGAUUUUUUUCCCAAGAAAACCUGAAACCUCCUUUCAAGGUUAUUUAGGUAAUGAGAGGGAAACCAAGUCGAAAGUUAUACGUAACGUCUUCAGAAAAGGUGAUGCAUGGUAUAGAUGUGGUGAUUUAUUAAAAUCAGAUGAAUAUGGAUUAUGGUAUUUCCUAGAUAGAAUGGGAGACACCUUUAGAUGGAAAUCAGAAAAUGUAUCUACUACCGAAGUUGAAGAUGAAGUACUAUUAAGUAAUGAAAAUAAAAUAUCACAAGUUGUGGUUGUUGGGAUUAAGGUUCCAAAAUACGAAGGCAGAGCAGGGUUUGCAGUCUUGAAAUUGACAACUGAUAGAGAUAUUCAUACAAUAUCUGAUGAAGAAAAUCUUGCGAUGUUAAAUGGUAUGUUACCAUUCUUAAACCAAUCUCUUCCAAAAUACGCCUUACCUUUAUUUGUUAAACUUGUCAAUGAAAUAAAGAUGACUGAUAACCAUAAGGUGCUAAAGAAACUGUACAGAGAUCAGAAACUUCCUGCAGGGGCAAAUGGGAAAGAUAAAAUAUACUGGCUACGUGAUUAUAAGGAAUAUAAGGUUCUAACAAAUGAGGAUUGGUUCGGAAUUGAAUCUCAAUCUUUAAAGUUAUGA